CCAACAUCUGUUGCUCUACAACGCGCCACCCCGAUUUAUUCUUCGUCUCCUGCUCUCGUAUUUGUUAGGCCUAAACGGCCACAGCGAGCAAUAAAACUUUACUCCCCCCCCUUCCCUUCUUCUUCAUCUUUCUUGGGGUGAAUACUACUAUGUCCCCGUUCAUCAGCAUGCGGCGCUUUUCUCGAUCUGGGUCCGUCCACAACUCGCAGCCCUCCGCCUCCGCCUCACAUCAACCAGCACCCCCCACCUCCUACACGCCGCCCCUGUCACACGCGCCCAUGAUGCCAAAUGGCACGGCGGGAUCUCUCCACGACUCGAGACCCGUGUCGGCAAAGACCAGCUCGAGCUUCGACUUUGCCAAUCGCCCUCCCACCAACUACCAAAUCACCGCCCUGCCGCACAGCGCUAUCGGCAACCUCUCACGCACCGAUCAGAUUGUGCUGCGACACUUCUGGGAUGUCAAGUACGACGAGAACAAGGCUCGGGACCUCCAUUUCCUCAAGUUCCCCUUCUUCCCACAAUACCCGAAUCACCAGGAUCUGAUUCCUUACUGUGAAAUCUAUCACUUGGUCAAGACUUCGCCCGGCGCGAAGAUCAUCAGUCUUGGCAGUGCCAACGGCGUCUACAUCGGGUUUGAGCUCUUCUCGGGUUCCCAGCUCCACAUCGACAUGGACGACAGCUGGCAGAACAUCUCGCACCACCGUGUCUCGUUCAAGAAGUACGACAAGAUGCUCAAGGACCCCUCGUCGGACGCGACCUUCAAGUCCUGGCCCAAGCCUUUGACGAUUGAGUUCCUCGAGGAGCAGUACGGACGCUGGAUGCUCGACCUGACCAGUCUCUGCUGGGAGACCGCCGAGGUUAGAGAACUUGGCGGCGGCGGUGGGGGCGGCGGUGAUGGCCCAGAGGAGAGCGUUGACGGGGACUUGAAGGAUGAGAUGUUGUAGCCGGUGUGUGAGGGAGAGAGAGAGAGACAGUACGUGUGUGUGAUCUGAACGAUCAACCACCGAUCAUCGACAAACAACCGACAAGGCCUUCUGGGGGGUCCUCUGUCAGUCUUGGGCGCGCCCGCGCCCCUCUCCCGCGCCCUCGCCCUGUUUUGAAGCGGGCCGUCGCAGAUGCUGCAACGCAGCCCAGCCUCCGUGCGCGCAACAUCAUCACAAAAACAUGCUACAAGGACACGCAGCACACCAGAAAAGUAAUCAUGGAUCUUUCCCCUUCCCCCCUCCCCUUUCUUUUCGGAAUAUUGCUAGGGGAGGCAAAGCCACUGAAAACGAGACACGAAGACAAACGGCCCUUUUUGUUGCCUUUUCUUUUCUAUUGACUUUACAAUGAUGGGUAGUGAUAGAUAAUUAAUGACUUGGAAUGAUAACACACCACCAGCACCAGAACAACCACCACAGUGUCCACGUAUUACACAGUUGGGCGGGCUGGUGGAGUUUCGACUAGGUCCUGGUGUCCUUGUGCACAGA